UGAUUCUGCCAGAAACAAACAUGGUGGCUGUCGCUCUAGGAAGCGUCUCGUCCCCUUUAUUCGGGGCGCGGCGAGUCUCGUUUGGCGCGAAGUUUCAUUCUGACGUGGGGAAGAAAUCGCGCGCUGUACCAGCUCUCUCGGCAGAAUCUUAUCCUGGUUUGUCGAGCUAAAGGGGUAGAUUGCGGUCGCUCGGGGGUGAGGUGCUGUAGUCAGAAUCAGGUAUGGUAUAAUAAUGUCACUGCUUGAUGGCCAACGGGAGUAAAGUUUCUCGGGAGAGCUUCAAGCAUGUUGCAGAUGCGUCCACCUUCCAUGCUCACUCGUUUUGACCUACCUAUUUAUUCUUUAAGUAUCCAGAUAGAAGAAAUCAUGAGCACAAGAAAUCAGAGAAAACGUUUCUACUCGUGGUUUGGAAAAGCCAUCUUUACAGAUGAACAACUACAGAUCUCCCAUUAUAGGGGGAUAUCUGUUAAAUCUGGGGAAAACGUCAGCGAGAUCUGUAUUUUCCCAGGAGAGUUUAUUUUAGUAGAGGGAGAGGAAAUGGAUCAGUUUCUUGUGGCAAGACUGUUAAAACUAUAUCAAAGUGGUGCUCAGGAAAAACAUGCAGUUGUGGAGUGGUUCUCUCGUCUUGUAGAAAUACCAUUCAAUCAACGAAAAUCCUUGGGAAGAGAAGUUUCUCAGGAGAUAUUUUUGAAUGAACAUGCUGAACGGGUUAAUGACAUAAUCGUUACAUCCAUUAUUAGCAAUGUCACGGUUAUUCCACUGUCCCCAUUUGAAGCAUUGCCUAUUGUAUCAAAGGACAAAAAGAUAUUCUUUGUAAGGGAAUCUUGGGAUGGAAGAAGGUUUAAGCCAUUGCCACCUAGCUUACUGGCAGAGUUGAAAGACUCUGUGAAAAUGAAGAGGAGCAACAUGAAUUUGGCAAAUGAGCACCAUCUGACUCCCUCACGCACCAUUUACUCUCCGGAGGUAGAAGCCACAAAUGUCACUCGGAGUACAAGAAAAAGCAACAACACCAUGACGGAAAUAGAAUCAAGACAUUCAGCCUCCAAAUCCUCCCAGUCUAAGCAGAGACGUUCCCGAAGACUACCCAUUGGCAGUGAGACUUCAGGAGCUAAGAAAAAGUUACAGCUAAAUAGUCCAACAAAACCCAGAAGUAGGUUGGCAGAACAAGACAUGAUUGAGCUUCUAGAUUAUGAUUUUAUUGAACCUCUGGAGCAAUCAGCCCUCAAGCGAAAAGUGACAUUUGCUGGCAUUAAAGGUUCUCCUCCAAAAAUGUCCCGUGAUACUGAUGAGGAAGAUGUGUUCCUAGACAUCAAACCACUGGGAGACAAGUCCGAAAAAACCAACACAAAUGUAUCAUCUCCUCGUCAAAGGAACCAAGAUUCGAGUCUCAAAACUAGGAGUUCUGCUGUGAAAGAGAAUGCCAGAGAUUUAGGUGAAGACCAAGAAACAGAAGCCAGGCACCCAAUACUGACUCUUCGUUCACGCAGGAAAUGUGCACAGGUGACCACUAUUCGCAUUGCAAAACAGCUUAGUAUUUUAAAUACAGCUGGAGAGAAAGACAAGGAAGAGGAUGAUCUUUCUUCCCUGGGAAGUUCUGAUUCCUGUAGCAGUGAUGAAGAAGACAUCAAGGUGCCUCAUACACUCAAGAGACAAACAAGGUCCACUCCAAACACCUCAAGGAAACCUGCUGCUGGAACUCCUGCCAAGGGCCUGAGCAACACUCCUGAACCGAGAACUCCCAAGACCCCACGUAAUGCUACCCCCAGAAUUCGCAGCCGAACUCAAACCACACAGAAGCCUGCCAAUGUGCUAGAAGAGGCUAGAAUAAGGUUACAUGUGUCAGCUGUCCCAGAGUCCUUGCCCUGCCGUGAAAAAGAAUUCCAGGAUAUCUAUAACUUUAUAGAAAGCAAACUCAUUGGUGAGACAGGAGGGUGCAUGUACAUUUCUGGGGUUCCUGGAACAGGUAAAACAGCAACAGUUCAUGAGGUCAUUCAUUGUCUCGAACAGGCGGCUAAAAACAAUGAGUUACCAUCUUUCCAAUUUAUAGAGAUCAAUGGCAUGAAGUUGACUGAGCCCCACCAAGCCUAUGUGCAGAUCUUAAAUUUACUGACAGGCCAGAAGGCAACUGCGAACCAUGCUGCUGCACUUCUGGAGAAGAUGUUUUGCAAACCAGUACCUAAAAGGAAAACCAUAAUACUUGUAGUAGAUGAGCUUGAUCUCCUCUGGACCAGAAAACAAAAUGUGAUGUAUAAUCUCUUUGACUGGCCAACCAAGAAAGAUUCCAAGUUGAUUGUCUUGGCCAUUGCUAACACCAUGGAUUUGCCAGAGAGAAUUAUGAUGAACAGAGUAGCUAGCAGGCUGGGUCUUACCAGAAUGUCCUUCCAGCCAUAUACCUAUAAACAGUUACAGCAGAUCAUCUCAUCCAGAAUGGCCCAGUUAAAAGCAUUUGAAGAGGAUGCAAUUCAGCUUGUUUCCAGAAAGGUGGCAGCUUUAUCUGGUGAUGCAAGACGUUGCCUUGACAUAUGCAGAAGGGCCACUGAGAUCUGCAAACAUCCUAGUCAGAAAAGUGUCUCUGAAUUGGUCAGCAUGGCACAUGUCAUGGAAGCCAUGGAUGAAAUGUUCCCAUCUCCUUAUAUAAACAUGAUUAGGAGUGCUUCAUUGCAAGAGCAAACCUUCUUGAAAGCAACUAUUACAGAAUUUCGCAUAUCAGGACUGGAAGAGGCCACAGUUCAUCAGAUAUUUCAUCAGCAUGUUGCACUGUGUAGAAUGGAAGGCAUGCAAACACCUACGGUAUCGGACAUACUGGCAGUUGUGUCACGGCUGAGCACCUGUAGACUUUUGUUAACGGAGUCCACUAAUAAAUAUCUUCACAUGAGAGUUCGACUUAAUAUUAGUCAGGAUGACAUCAUGUAUGCACUCAAGGAAGAGUAAACCAAUAGAACAAAGCAUUAUAUGUAUAUAAAUGGGCUUUUAUCUUAAACCUUAAAGAGAGUUAUUUUAAAUAAUGGUGCUAAUUAAAACUUGAAUAUUCAUGUUUAUUUUAAAACUGUUUUGAAUUUUCUUUUAAUGUACUUAUGUAUUAACACUUAACUGCACUCUGCCAAAAUAAAUCUGUUUUCUCCAA